GUUUUCAAACGUUCGCGUGAUAAAAAGAUUUUUCAAUCAAAAUAAGAUAGUUUUUAGACGCAAUGUUUACCACCUUUGUCAGUGACGAGAUUCGGUUUAUGUUGGUGAUUGAAAAAGAUAGCGAAACAAACGCAAUAAGUUUUAAGACUGAAAGCGGCCUCAUUGAUUGGGAUAAAGUGAGACAGUUCUUCAAAGCUGACAUCGUGUUUCACAACGAACCUCUAUCGUACCAGUAUUGUGCAGCAUUAAAUCCCAAAUUUCAUCAAUUUCUAAGGAGUUUCAGCACUACCACCCCACCAAACCAUCUCCAAUGGACCAACCGGCUAGGUCUGCUGAACAACGUUCUCUCCCAGCGCUCCUGCACCCUAACAAACCUCCUCGUACUGACCUCGAUCGUCGAGUACUCGCUGGGCAAUUUAUUCCUCACGAAAACGGGUGGAAUCACCCCUCCCCACCUUCUCCGGGACCUUCUUAUGACCGAUGCGCUGGCGACCCUGCUGGGCGAAACGACGAUCUUUUUGCUGCGCGUGCUGCUGGGUUCUCCGAAUGGGAUCAAUUUGCGGAACUUGGUGUGGCAUGGCUUUCCCAGCGAGGGGGAGGUGAGCGAGUUGUAUCGGAAUUUUUUGGUGGAGAUGCUGAACUCGAUUGGGGGGAGGUUGGAGGAGUUGGGAUUUGUUGUGGAGUUUAGAAGUUGCUUGCAGGACUCGAAAUUGCUGGUAAGGAAGAUGAACUUGGCUCGAUUUGAUGUGGCUUUGCUUGAGGAAGCAGUGACGAGUUCGAGUGAGCUGCAAGAGAUUCAAAGGGCUGGUUGGCUUCGUAGCAUUUCUCUGUACAAAGAGGAGCAGUUUUACUACUGCGUCUGCAUGGUUUUACCUCAACUUGAAAUGUUUUUACGAGUUCUGUACGGAAGACUUUACGAUAGAGAUUUCCGCGCCAAAAUCGACGAAUACUACAUAAUUAUGGACACCAUAUUCGAGGAGUUUGAGACGGUAACGGAAGCUCGAAAUCGAAUGCAUGACUACUUUCGAAUAGAUUUGCUCGAGGCAAUGUACGACUUACUAUCGGCAAUAAGAGGACCUAGGCUGAGGGAUAAACUAAGCCAUGGAGAACUGCAGUCUGCGGAUAUUGACGAACAAGUCGCAAAUGGCGUUCUGCGGCUCUCGUACGUGAUACUAACCAAUGAUUCUAGCUUCGAAUAUAAGAGCUGCUUCCACCACAACGCAAUUUUGGAGCAAUCGAUUCGAGAGUGCGAGUUUGAAUUUGAAAAAUUCAACGACCAUCCAUUUUUAGUUCAAGAUGGCAAACUUGUAGAGAAUGUGCCGUUUCUGCCGCAGGCAGAUUUCAUCGACAGAAUUCCGAUAUUUUACCGACCAGCCAAAGAGGAAGAAGUCAUUGGAUACCUUCAACGAAUAACCUGCAAGUUACGACAGUCCACCUCAAAUUUAAAAGAAUCUUUAACUUUUCGAUUAGGCGCGUUGGCAAGUCGCGAACUUCGUUCACGGGCAAGAAAAUCGCUCGAAACGAUGUUGCAAAUGUUUCCGGCGAUACAGCAAGGCUUGCGCCACGUGCUGGCCAUCGUAAGGUGGACGUUUCACUGCCUUAUGCUCGCUGACGAGUUGCGCGACGCCGAUAAACUCGUAAAGUUUUUGAAGUUUAUUCUAAAAUAUGUGGAAAAUGCUGCUAAUAAUCUUAACAUCAAGAGCAACGCCUGGCAGCCGCUGUACGAGACGACCCGGCGCGAACUAUACGAUAAAACUAGGCAAAACCUUACGCUACUGUUGUGCUGAGAGAGGUUUCCGGAGCAGAAGUGUUUUAUCUUUCUUUUUGUGUAAAACUUGUUGCUUUUGUAAUGAUUGUUGGCCUCGAAAAUAAAUAGCACGCGAUGAGAAA